AUGAAACUCCUGCAACGCGUCUCGCCCGUUGCUGCACUCGCUCUAGCCACAUUAAUCACAAAUGCAACAGCUGAAGAUGUACUCAUCAGCAAACGUCAACUAUCGAAACGUCAGCUCAAUCCUGAGGGCCAAUACAAUAUGUCAUUCUUCCACAUCAACGACGUUCAUGCUCAUCUCGACGAAUUCUCGUCUUCCGGAACUGAUUGCACGAAUCCAUCUCGUGGAUGCUAUGGCGGUUAUGCCAGAGUAAAGAGUACUAUCGAUGACAUCCGCCCCACUGUAGGUGACAGCCUCUUCUUGAACGUGGGCGAUGAGUUUCAAGGAACUCUCUUCUAUACCUAUUAUGGCGGUGAGAAGAUCGCAGAAACUUUGAACCAACUUCAGUUCGAUGCGAUGACAUUGGGAAACCACGAAUUCGAUGGUGGUGACGAUGAGCUUGGCGCUUUUCUCGAGAACUUGACAUUUCCCGUCGUAUCUGCCAACAUCCAGUCAACACAGCCUCAGCUGAACGCGACAAUCAGGCCCUACCACAUCUUCGAGCAAUAUCAGCUGGCGGUCAUUGGUGUAACAACGGAUACUACACCUCAAAUCGCCAAUGUUGGUCCUUUGACUUCCUUCGAAGAUCCGGUAGAAGCUGUACAAAGGACUGUCGACUACAUCCGAUCGACGACGAACAUCACUCGCAUUGCGGCUAUUACACACAUAGGAUACGAACAGGAUCAGCGCCUGGCUCAGGAAACAACAGGACUCUAUCUUAUCAUGGGUGGUCACAGUCAUACUCUCCUACUGCCAGCUAACGAUACCGACGCAGAAGAUGCUGAAGGUGAGUACCCAACAAUAGUCAACAACCGCGACGGCGAAGAAGUCUUUGUCGUAACUGCUUAUCGAUGGGGAGAAUACUUGGGCUACAUCGACGUCCUCUACGAUGCCGAAGGUCGAAUCCUCGAAUAUCAUGGGGCACCGAUUCACCUCACUAAUACGACCGAGCAGGAUCCUGGCUUGCAGGCUCAAAUAGAUGCUUGGCGUGUGCCUUUUGAAGCAUUCGCAGCAGAGGAACUAGGCCAGUCGAACGUGAUACUUGACCAGUCGACCUGUCAGAGGCAAGAAUGCCUGCUGGGUGACUUCAUGGCAGACGCUAUGUUCGCAUAUCGUUCAAACCUCUCCUCUGAGGCAGAUUUUGCCCUGAUCAACGCUGGUGGUAUUCGUGCGACCAUUGACGAGGGUCCGAUCACGCGAGGCGAGGUACUUACCUCUUUUCCCUUUGGUAACGCCAUUGUCGAGAUCACACUCUCAGGUGACGACAUCUGGAAGGUGCUCGAGGGCAUCUUUACACGAGUUUCACAGUUCAAUGGUCGGGCGGUGACAUCUGGCGUUCAAUUAUCUCAACAAAUCCGAGUCGGCUACAAUCCGGCAAACUCUAACGGCACGAAACUGGUGAAUGUGACUAUCGGUGGCCAGCCGCUCGACAGAGAAGCAGAAUAUCAGGUCGUCACCCUCGACUUCCUUGCAGGCGGUGGUGACAACUUCUUCUUGCCGGUGACCGAUUUUGUCACCUUGGAUACUCAGGAUGAAGUUUUGACACAAUAUAUCCUUCGCCAGAGCCCAGUGGACAUCGCACUCGAUGGACGUAUCGCGGUUGUGAACGGCACUGCCUCGAAUAGCACCUCAAACGGUACCUCAUCUGAUACGGGGGUGAAUAAUAGCACGACUGAUGCGUCCGAGGGCAAUGUAGGAUCCGGUGGCGCAAGUGGCAGCAAUAGCGCAAGCAUUGCGAGCGGGAUAUCAGUCGGCGCAGGUAUGAUGCUUAUUGUGCUGACUAUCAUUAUCUCACUGUUGGCAUGA